CUGGGGGGUGUGGCCCUCGUGCUCCUGCGCUGGCCCCUCCUGGGCAUGCUGCUGGAAACCUACGGCUUCGUCAGCCUCUUCAGGGGCUUUUUCCCUGUGGCCUUCGGCUUCCUGGGGAGCACCUUCAACAUCCCCUUCCUGAGUGUGCUGUUCCAGAGGCUUCAAGGCACCGGCUCAAUGGUCUGAACCACGGAGAUGAGCUCCUUGAACUUGGAUCACUGGCUGGGGGAGCUGGGAGGGUUACAGGAGGCCACCCCCACCCCCCUGCCCAGCACUGACUCAGACUGCCCAAGUCCGGAAGGAAGGACGGGGCUGAGCACCAGUUCUCAAAGUCAGCUCGGGAGGCUGCAGGGACUCUGGGCACAGACAUCUGGACCCAGGGACAGUCGCCUGGGGCGCACGUCACAGCCCCGCCCUGUGUUCGUGGGAGGAAACACGAAGAUUAAAUCUCCAAGCGCCUCAGGGCACCGCCAGGGCCUGCCUCACCUCACCAGAAUGAACGCACUGGUUUCUUGGCAGCUGCUGCUGUUCCUCUGUGCCACCUCCUUCCGGGAGAGCUUGGGAGGGGCGGCCGUCGUGGAGUCGCCCGGACCCACAGAUCAGCGGCUGGGAGCCCCCGGCCUGCGGCGCGCGUUGGAGACGAAGCCCGCUCCGGCCCGGCUGACCCUUCGGGCAGCACCGCCGUGCCCGGACGCCGGGAGCCCGUGCGCCCCGCGCAGCCGCCUGGCCCCGGCCCCGCGGGACGCCGUGCUGGUGCAGCGCGAGAGGGAUUCGUCCGCCUACAAUUGGAACUCGUUCGGCCUGCGCUACGGCAAGCGGGGGGCAGCGCUGGGACGCGGCGGGGUCGGCGCGGGGCGCUGCUGAGGCUCGGGCUGGGCGUGCGGGGCGCGGCAGGCACUGCGCCCCGCGAGGCUGCGGGGCCUGCGGAGCGGGAGCUUCUGUCCCGAGGCAAUAAAGGUGAUGCAGCCGCGUGGCCGGCGUGGAAUUG